GUUCGCAGUGUCGAUGCGACGGGCGGAGAGUGAUAGUGAAAGUAUUAUUAAAUAAUAAUUAUUAAUAAUUAAUUAAUAGUGUUGGUCAACAAAGAAUCGUGUUAAUGAAUCCAAAAUGCUGAUCUGGCCCAUAUUUCUUCUUUUUGUGACAUCAACGUCGUGUUCUUCAACUGGCCUUCAGCUUCUCUUCCCUGCCCAUCGCCAGUACAUCUUCCUCAUCAAGACCACCGUAUCAACGGGAUUGGAAGCCAGCGAGACCUACUGGUCUUUAGACGGGAAGCUGUCUGUUCUGGUGGAGAAUAACUUCACCAGGGCAAGGUUUCAGCUGGAGGACUUAGAGGCAUCUGCGUACAGUGGAGGAAACAACUACUAUAACAAGUCCCUUGAAGCCGAGAAAUAUUUGACGGAGCCAUGGGAGGUGGACUUUUAUGAAAGCGGAUCAAUCGAUUCAAUAUAUUUGGGUUCAGAGCCAGUUUGGUCAAAAAACGUGAAGAGGGCUCUGGCACUGAACUUCCAAGUGACCAAAAAGCCAGGCACAUAUAAAAUCAGUGAGCCUUGCCUCUACAAUCUGUGUCACGUAGUUUACACGACCAAUGGAAACAGUCUGAAGAAAUACACGAACCAAAGAGUUGUCUCCAUCGGAACUGAGUACUAUUGGACCACAAUACCAACAGCUCUGGACUAUAUAGGUCGAGGAUAUCCGGAAUCUAUGGCGUUGAGUGAACGAGUGUACGACAUAGAUGAAGUGAAGGGACUACUAAGCUUGGAGCUAAAGGGAACAUUCCAAUACAGAACCUAUGAUAAUCUCCUCAGCACUGUUACUUCACUUUCCUUGUAUUACGAGUCACACCGCCCCAUGCCUGACGUUCAUGAACUGGAUUUGAACCGAACGUCCAUCAUGUACGAGACCAGUGACUCCAGCAACCCAUCCAACGGCAUCAGGGAGUACAGUCAGGAAUAUUUGAAGAAUAAGACUUACAGGAUCCUUCUAAAAAUUGCGACUGAAGGCAUCGACGCUGAGAAUAUAGUUAGGAACGCCACGUUAAUACAUAAUGUGGAUUUCGCCAUUUUGUUGAACACAAUGUCUCAGCUGGACUACGAACACCUGGUGCUCCUGUUCGAGAACCUGAUCCUUGGUACAAGUUACGACAUCGAGACUUCAAGAAACAUAUUCCUGGAGAUGGUACCUCACGUGAAGACGCACGCAUGCGCUAGGUUCAUCAAGUACUUGGUUAUUGAGAAGAAGGAUAAAAUAGAAGACGCCGCAAUCAUAGCUUUGAUACGGAAGAUUCCAUUUAACAUAGCGAAAUUCAACCAAUCUUUGCUUGAGGAGCUGGAGGUCUUCACUAAACUGGGCCUGGACUUCAGUCCAGAGAUCAGGAGAGCUGGUAUCCUGAGCUUCGCGACACUUGUCCAGAAGACUCAGUACACCCACAAUCAGGCCAGCUGUUGCACCAAUUAUUUGGACUACAUCGUUGUCAAGUAUUUCAGGAUGUACAGCGACUGCCCUCAAUAUAUUGACCGUCUGAUCUGGCUACAAGGUCUUUGCAACAUAGGGUACGCAGCCCAGGCGUAUACCAACGUGAUAUACGGAGAUACCACGAAGAAUCUUUACGAGAGAUUGUGGGCGGCGUUCAGCAGUAGACCUGAAGGUUUCUACGAGAUUCCUUUCGAGGUCCUGAAAAUCAACCUUCCGAUCCUGACAAACCAGACUGAACACGUCCAGCUUCGUAUCGUCGCAAUCCAAAACAUCCUCGCCUCUUCCACCAUCACAGAGAGCGACUUCCUCUUCGUCCAUAACUACAUCAAGAAUUCAACUGACAGCCAACUGAAGAGUUUCUGGUAUUCCAGUAUUCUGAGCAUCAGAGAUUCCAAGAGUUUCGGAGGCUAUAGAACAGCUUCAUCAUACAUACCUUUCAUCAUCAAUGACAUACCAGCUCCGAGCAGCGUCUAUUGGGCCACGAACAACAAGAUCGUCACUGACGGUGAUGCGUCACUGCAGCUGAUCUCGAUCGGUGAUGAGACGAUGAUGCCGUGGUUUGUGUCCUUGAAGGUGUCCACGGGGGGGCUCAGACCUUACCAGGCAGCGGUAUACCUCGUCGGGCGAGGAGUGUCAGCUGAUUUGUACAAAGAGUUCAAAGACAUCGACACGGAAGCUAUGAAGAUUGAUGAACUGAUCAGUGUUUUGCAGAAAAUGUCAGCGUGGGGACGUAAACAAGUGGAUGAUGUCCACAUCGACGUGAUCGUCAAAGUACUAGAUAUGACUGUGUACGCGACGCAUUUAAAUCAGACGAGAAAAUACUUUGUUGAUGCUAUGUACUCCGCCCUGGAGUUCCUUCGUCUCGGGAGCCACAUCAACCAGCAAUUAAUACAAGUACCGUCUCAGAUGGAAGUCCAUUUGCCGAGUGUUCUGGGAGUACCAAUAAGGUUGCAUACUACAAGCAUGUCCUUCGCAUCGAUACGUGGAAAUCUUUCAGCUUCGGAGAAUUUACUCAUCAGAAAUGAUUUGCAUUUACGAUACCAAGGCAUAGCUCUCACUUCGCUGUCCACUGAUGGCAUUCUUCUUCAGACUGAGCACGUCGCUCGCAUACAAAGCUCAGUGGUUGCUCAUCUGCCGAUGAAGUUCAAUGUCUCUUUAGGAUUAGAAAAUACCCAAGACAUGGUCAGCUCUUUCCACUCCAAAAAAGGCGGGAUAGCAAUGCACACGAGGAAAGAGAUCGCAUUAAUCACUGAAGACGCCCAGCACGUAAAGACAGUGGGAGGAGAAAAGAAAUGGGGUGGAGCUACAGGAUAUUUCUCUGACUGCAUACAUAACAGCUCUGUUGUCAGUUUAUUAGACAAAAUUUUUGGAAUCAAAGUUAAAGGAGAUGUAAGUUUCCUCGACCCGCUUCACAAACUGUGGUACUUUCUAAAGAACAUGCUUCUGUCCAACGUCCUGACGACCGAAUCCUGUGGUCUGCUGUUGCCAAUAGAGAAUGAUGAUGUGGAAAAGGUGAUAACCCUGAGGUUGAAGGCGUCUCGUCAUGAUUAUGAUGAAUUCGACCUUGAGCUGGUGCCAGAAAUCUGGUAUUACAGUGCCGAUACACCGGCAGAAUCUUACUUGAAAUCGGUGACGACUAUUCAUUUGAAAAUAACAAAAACAUUAUUCAACGUAUCGAUUUUUGUUGAUAACGACGGUUACGAUGUAAACGAUUUUGAAUAUCCGAAAGAUUUGAAGUUAAACUUCAGUCACAUAGUCGACUACCACCCGAUGAUAGACCAAGACAUAUCCAGUGUCUCGCUUAAAUACAACGGCACUACAUCAAUGGUAUACUACAGCAAAAGUGAGCCAUACAAACAGACAAAAAGAUUUGAUGUAAAAUUCCAAUUCGCACAAGCUAAAGUAUCACGCAACUGGGAGAAGAGUUUGAGUCUUGAUUUCGUAAAAGACGACAAGAUGCCGAAACUGGUGAACAAUAUAGCUGAGUUCCUCAGCUCGCUAAUACCAGACGCAUUACUGGAUAAAUUCAUGGAGAUCGAGAGGCUUUACGCGUAUGGGCCGCUUCGUUCUAUAACUGUCAAGCAAACGGAUUCCGGAUAUACGACUAUAAGUGCUAAUGAUAAAAAUGUUUCGGAGUUUAGUACGUUUGAAUCAAACACAUUUCAAUAUCUGGAUAGUCUGUCUACAGUGCAAAGGUUGAAGAAAAUUGGACUGUAUAAGGAAUGCCGUGUUCAAGAAUCUACAGUGAACACAUUACACGGCACUGUCGAGAGAGUCGAGAAACAGGAAUGUCCGCAAAGCGUCGUGUUGGCAGACUGCACCGCUGUACCUAAGUUUGCAAUAACGAGACUUAAAGAUGGCGGAUAUAGGUUUUACCACGGCGGAGUUUACGUGGAUUUGACUGAGGAACACAAUAAGAAUAGUGAUGGGCCAACAUAUCAUAAUAACACAGGAUAUUUUGAUAUCCAAAAACAAGGUGACCUCACAGCAGUGUCCUCAGCAUGGAAUGUCCAAGUGUACUACACGAGAUAUGAACUAAUUAUAUUAAUGCCUAGCGUUUUUAUGAGCGACGUAUGCGGCGAAUGUAUGAGUGACACAGCCCGUGUGGAAUGUUAAUCUUAGACUUUAUCUACUUAGAAUUAGAGUUGAAAUACGUCUGUGACGUAAGAGGCAUAGAGUUAAUUUUAAAGAUCCAUAGAGUAACUACAACCUUUGUAAGGACUAGUUUAACGAUGUUUAAGAGGGCGUGGGUUUAGCCUUAGACACGAGAUCCAGCAAGUAGCCGCCGGAGGAUAGCGAGCUGCUUAACUUGGUGAGCGUUGAAGCAGACCAAAGGCGAAGGCACGGGGCUUAUAUAGAGCUCCGGGCAUGACGUCACAAGUUCCUUUCUUUAGGUAUUGAAAUAAAAGGAGCAAUAUUGAUAUUUGAUCUGGUUUGUAGUCCCAGUUGCCUCCUCACCACUCUGGAGAGGAGCCCGGGGUGCGCCUUGGACCAUGGACCCUGGAUUGGGUGAGUCAGGUUUGUACACGAAGCGACUCCCGUCCGACCUCCGCAACCUUUGCAGGGGAUCCUAACCCGUGUUGGAUCGGUCAUGGUUACACAUCCAGUUGCCUGAAUGUGCAGGUUUCCUCGCGAUGUUUUCCCUCACCGUAAGAGCAUCGGUUAGUUAUCAAACUAUUGUGCUUAUAGUGAAACUCUGUCCGCCUUUUUUCAACGACAUAAU